AUGGGCAGACACCUCAAGGACAAGCUCUGGUCUGCUGCGCUUGGACACUCUGCAUGGGUGUACAACCUUCUUCCGCACUCCCAACUGGGCAUGUCACCGUACCAGGCUCUCUUCGCCAAGCCUUCGCCACUGCAGCACGUGCGCGUCUUCGGCUGCAAGGCGUUCGUGUAUGACCACGUCCACACGGACAAGAGCAAGGCCUUUCCCCGACGGGCCAUGGAAGGCUUCUAUGUUGGCUUCGACACGCGAUGCAACGCGCAUCGCAUCUACGUCAAGGCAACUGGGCGAGUGAGGUCCUCCAUCCACGUUGACUUCCUGGAAGAGGUUGACUGCACGAGUCAAGGGGGUGCUUUACCGACAUCACCACUCACAGGCAGCAACGGCACCAGCACUGUGCAGAACCUAUGGGUGAUGCCAGCAGCAACAGCAUCCACACCUGACCCCAUGCGGCAGGGCGACGAGAACACACCUGACCCCAUGCGGCAGGGCGACGAGAACACACCUGACCCCAUGCGGCAGGGCGACAGCGGCGGCGCACAAACAUCUGCACCACUCGCGCAAUCAGUACCCACGGCACAGCAGAAGACAAGCUGUGCCGUCAACAGCAAGCAUCCUGACUCGUCAACGGCAGACGACGGCAGUGAUGACGAUGGCGAUGGCGAUCACAGCGACGACAGUGAUCACAGCGACGACAGUGACGUCUGCCUGCGGACUACCCUGUUGCCUGCGGACUACCCUGUUGAAGAAUGCCAUGGUACAGACGCACCAGCCACCGCAGCAGCCGGUCCCCAAGACAUGGCGGGACGCCAUGGCCUCUGCACACAAGAGCAAGUGGCAGGAGGCCUUCGUCAAGGAGUGGAGCAACAUGAUUCGGCACGACGUCUUCGACAUCGUUGA